AGCUGGACCUUGAACUAUUGCACAAGAUUACAGUAUAACUGUGCUCCUGCCUGUGGGAGUUGACAGCACGGAGGUGUGCAAAGGGAAGCCAGAUAAACUACUGGAAAGAAGUUCCUACGAAAAACAUUCCAGCCUGCCCGAGAGUUACAAAGCUUAGCCUUAUUACUUCUGCACCAGUGAGUUCGGCUGAGAAAACAGAGCAGUCUCAGGAGAGGAGGCCGAGUUCAGGCUGCUGUUGUAGUUUUUAUUGCACUUGUGGUUUAUUCCGUUUAGUGCUGCACUAAGCAUUAAUGGGAUCUGAACAGAGAGUAAAACUCCUGGCAGAGGAAUGAGGAAUUCAAAUAGCUUUAUAUGGAUCUGCAGUCCUGAGUGACAAACCUUCUUUAAGAAUGCGUAUUGUGGGGGUUGGAUACAGACAGGAUUUUAAAUACGAAGGCGUACAGAAAAAAAAUCUUUACUUCCUGCUGUGUUCUUAUUCCUUUUUGUAGUGAAGAACGUUAAAGGAACAACAGAUAAUGGUGAACUACGAAUCAAUUCUGAAAAACAAAAGAUCAAGAAUCAACAGUAACUACAAAACAACAACAGCAAAAACAUGAGUGUCGAGAAAAUUACAGUGCAAAAUCAAAUAAGGAAAGGCACAGGAACUCAAGAGAGAGAUUUUAGUAAGCUGCAGUAUCCACUGUUGAUUGGUGAUCAAAAUGGAAAUGAAGUUUCAUGCAAUACUGGGUCCCCCCCAGAUUCAUUUCAAAGUGUAAGCUGCUUAAGUUAUGGGAAUUCUCCCGAUGUUGAAAUGAGCGAGUGUAACUCAAGCUUGGACCAUGAUGGCAAAGCCUUUAAUUAUAGUUCUGUGUUUCCAAAUGAGAGUGUCGGUGAUCCUAUACUUGAAGAGAACUUGGAUAUUUGUGGCAGAACAGAAUUGGUCAGUUUGCCUCAGGUAAAAGAGCAGUUUAAGGGAAUAGUGCAGUCUAAUCUUCCUGAGGCCGACCCAAACCUGGAAACGUGGAAUCCAAAUAUUACCCUUGAGGUGCCUUGUAUGCAGGAUUGUACAAAGAAUAGAUAUAGUGUAGAUAUAGGCACAAAGAAAAUGGAUCUUGAAUAUGUGACACCAGGCAAUGAGAUUGCUAUUGAUGCAGGUGGAAGGCUCCCUGACCCUGCAGUCACAGAAAAUUCUCUAGUUCCAAAAAACAGGUCUGCAGGUAACACGCAUGCUUCCUUGGAUUCUCUGAGCUAUGAUGAGAUGGUCAUGAGGAGCAAUAGUUUUAUGUUGAGUAGCUCUGGGAAGCCUCCUAGUGCCUCUAUACUUGAGCCCCCAGAUAGCACCAGUAGCAUCCCUUCUGGUCAGGGAAGGUUUUCAAGCACAAUGCCUGGCAUUUGUGGUGGGACAUUUGAAAAAAUCCAGCCAGAAAUAUCUAGCUGUAAUUUUGUUGCCAAACAAUGUACAGUAGAGGUACCAAAAGAGCUCCCUGAGGAUGAUUUGCAAGUGGACUGCAAUGUCUCUCAAGAAAACUCUCAUUAUGAAAUGCAGGAGGGAGCAGGACAUUGUCUGCCUAAUUGUCUCCACCCUGCUCAGCGUGGAAGCUUCUCGGAUGCAGCAACAGUUUGUGAAAUGGAAUGUGUGUCCCAUGCAGAUCAUUGUGUAAAAGAUCCUGGCAACAUAGAAAUAUCUGACCAAGAGGGAGCCAUGCUAAUCAAUAUACACAAAGUUGGAGUGAGUGCUGUUGACCCAUCUACUCAAGACUUGAUUCCUAUGUCCAAAGCUGAAGCUGAUGUCCUAAUACCUCAACUGAGACUAGUGCUUUCACCAAAUGAAGGAGAGGCAGCUAGAGCUGCCAAUGAAAUAUUUUUGGUCCAUAGUCCAGAGAACUGCAAUUACCAUACACAUAUGUCCACUCCUUUGCCAGAGUCAAAGAAUGGGAUUCCAGAACAGGCAACUGAAAAUGUAAAAGAUUUAUUUUCCUGCAAUGGCAAGAACUCUUUUCAGACCUUUAAAUGCAACCAGUGGCCCUGUGAAUUAAAAAUACAAAACAGUACAAGACCAACUACAUCUACUACAAGUAAACCUGCCAAAGUAGAAAUAUUGAAAUAUCCUAAACCUGACUUCAAGAAUAUAAAGCCCAAAGUUGUUUCAAGACCUUUGGUGAAAACUGACAAUCCCUCACAUAUUAGGAACUUGCUGAGAUCACCUUCCAUGCCCAGUCAUGAUUGCCCACUUCCAAGGGCUUCACAAUCACAAGAAAAAUUGCAAAAAGAGAAAGGGCCUGAAAAAGGACAUGAAGUAGCACACUUUAAAGCUACUAAACCCAGUUCAGUGGCAUCAAGAAAUCAGAAGCAGGUGGGGGCAUGCGCCCAGUGUUUUCCAAGCAAGAUAACCCCCUCUUCUGCAGUUUCGAAAACAAUAGCCAACAGGAUCCAAAAACCAGCAUCCAAUUUGAGGAAUGGAGUAUUGGACAAAGGCAGCUCUUCAAAUUCAACAAGCUCUUUAUUCUCCGAGACUGCAGUAACUGGUGCCCACAAUAGAUUCAGCCGGACCACUCGUAACAACAAAGCUGAGAAAACAAAGUCUUCAGUGAUACUGGUUUCUUUGUCUCGCACAGAAAGUAAGGAAUGUAAUAACUCACCAAGGGCUAACAAAGAAACUGGUGAUGUGAUGAAUGGCAUUGCACACAAAUUGACUUCUGGAGAUGUUGCAACCACCUCUGCUACGUUUUCAACUGAAUUGGCAGCAGCUCCAGACGUAAGCAAAUCCAGAGUUGGACAGAAGCCAUCCCUCAGCAAGCCGAAAAGCAGUGUAGGUCCGCAGACUAGAUCUGCAGACUUUACACUGCCACCUGCUGUACCAAAACUGAAGCUGGGAAGUUCAAGCAAAGAUGGCUGCACCACUGGAAUCCUGUCUCCUCCAAGGACCAAACAGAUGUCAGCUCAUGGCACUCGCAAAAUGACUAUUUCUACCAGAGAAAAGACAAGUUCUGCAAGGACGUCCAUAAACGCUGGGUCUGUCUCAGUUAGAUCUUCAACAGGGUCCAGACUGCCUGUGAAAACUUCAGGACUAGAGAGAUCCUCCAGUGUGUCUUCACUCUUGAGCUCUCACAGUGAGACGAGUACCGGUACUUGCAGAAGUAAAUCUACAACUUCUACCAGCUGUAAAACUGUGGAUGCAUCAUCACGACCUAUACUUUCAAGUGGAGCUCCCAAUUCCGCAAAAACAUCUUCUGCAAAAGCAGUGAUGAGAAACAGGACUGGAGUUAAUCCAACUUCUGCAACAGGAAACAAGACACAUUCUUCCCAAAAUCAAGUAUCUUCAAGAUCUACCACUUCACAGAAUCAAAUAACUCCAAGGACUGCUCCUGGCAUUUCUGCAAGACCAGUGGGGUCUUCAGCACGGAAUCAGUUAGCAGUGGACCAGAACAAGCCGAAGACAAGCCCCAGGAGCCGGCCACCACAACCACAGACCCAGUCUGAUCUACUGCCAACCGAAAACAAGACGCUUGGACUAGCGCAUUACAAAACACAGUGCGAGAAGAAAAACGAAUGCAUUCAGCAUCUCAAGAAGUUACUAGCCACCAGCAACCAUAGGUUUGAAGCCAUCUCUCUGGUGGUGCAGCAUAUUUUGGCAGAGCGUGAGGAGGCCCUCCAGCAGCACAAGGAGUCCUCACAGGAACUUGUUAACCUGCACAGGGAAUUGGUGAACACAAACACCUCUUGUGAGAAGCUUCAGAGAGAGAAGGAUGAGCUGCAGAACGCGUUUGAGGCUGUACUGCAGAAAGUGCAGGAACAGCACCAGAGCGAGCUGGCAGACCUGGAGGAGCAGCUCAAGAAUUUCUACUCAGUGGAGUGGGAGAAAGUACAUGAGGCCUACCAGGAACAGGCAGAGAGACUAAAAACACAACUGCAGCAGCAGGUUAAUGAUCUGGAUUCCCAACACAAAGCUUUCAGGAAAAAACUUGAAACUAGCCAUUCAGAGAAGAUUGAAAUGUUGAAGCAGCAGUAUGAAACUUGUUUGGAAGAACUUAAGAAAUCUCAGGAAUUGGAAAUUAAGACACGUAAUGAAUCAUUUAAGGAAAUGGAAGCAUCAUUAUCAGAAAAGAUUGGUGAAUUGAAUUCUUUGAAUAAUUCUUUAAAUGGGCAACUGAAAGCUGAAGAAGACAGAAGGAAAGCACUUCGUGAAAAGAAUCAGAAGGAUUCUCACACUCUAUAUCUGGAGCAGGAACUGGAAAGUCUGAAAGUUGUUUUGGAUAUGAAGAACGAGCAGUUACAUCAACAGGAUAAGAAACUGAUGCAAAUGGAAAACAUAGUGGAAAAGAAUAUUAAGUUAGAUGAAUGUCUUAAGAAGGUCCAGCAAGAAAAUGAAGACUUCAGAGCAAGAAUGGAUAGACAUGCAGCUCUGUCAAGGCAACUUUCAACUGAACAGACUGUUCUACAAGAAUCUUUGGAAAAGGAAUCAAAAGUCAAUAAACGUUUAUCUAUGGAAAAUGAGGAACUUCUUUGGAAGUUACACAACGGAGACUUGAGCAGUCCUCGAAAGCUAUCCCCUUCAUCUCCUUCCAUGUCUUUACAAUCGCCACGUAGUUCUGGAGUGUUUAGUAACCCAGCUGUUACACCAAGAUAACACUGGGCUUCUUGGAAGCAGUUCAGUAGUAUUGAUGGAAACAGUGUUCAUCACGACAAACAGGAGCUAUAUUAGCUAUGUAUGAUAAUGAUACAGUAUAUGAAAAUAUUAACUGGAGGCAAAUAAUAUAUCCAUUUUGGAUUAUUUCAGCCGUAUAAUAUAAACCAAUAGAAAUACCAACUUUACAAAGACAAUGUUGCACAAAAGCACUUAUAGAGCAAGAUUAUUCUUGGUGUUUGCCUGAUUUGGGGAGAAAAAUCUAAACUCAGGGCCUGUAGAUAAUGUGUCACUGUUUAUUACUACGUUUUGUUGUGUUCACAGAAAGCUUGGUUGAGUAGGGUGGAUAUACUGUGUGAAUGAAAUUGGUUAUGGCAUAUUGGGUGUGAGACUUCUUUUAUUAAAUAAAAUGAGCAGGUGCACUGUACAUUUUAAUCACUGCAUUAUGGAAACAGUUUCUUAAAGUACACGUACAUCUAUUAAAAAAAAAAAAAAGAA